UCCAUUCUCCAAAAUCUUUAAGUCUCUCCCAAUUCUCAUUUCUCACCAAUUGCCACAAAAUGGCGUCCUCAACUGCUCAAAUCAACGCUCUCGGCGGCGUGGCUCACUUCACAACCGUCAAAUCCUCCAGAGCCCAUCCCAAUAGAACCGUAUUUUUCGGCACCAAGCUCAACGCCAGCUCCGGAUUGAAGCUCAAGAGUAGUAAGCAUCGGCGCGCCUCUACUUUCCGUGUGGUGGCGGAGAAAGUAGUCGGAAUUGACCUCGGCACCACCAAUUCCGCGGUGGCGGCAAUGGAGGGAGGAAAACCUACCAUCGUCACCAACGCCGAAGGCCAGCGCACCACGCCCUCUGUGGUCGCCUACACUAAAAAUGGCGAUAGGCUGGUAGGCCAGAUUGCGAAGAGGCAGGCCGUGGUGAAUCCAGAGAAUACAUUCUUCUCCGUGAAGAGGUUUAUUGGGAGGAAGAUGUCCGAGGUCGAUGACGAGUCCAGGCAGGUUUCGUAUAAUGUCGUCAGGGAUGAAAACGGGAACGUCAAGCUUGACUGCCCUGCCAUUGGUAAACAGUUUGCAGCUGAGGAAAUUUCCGCUCAGGUUUUGAGGAAGCUUGUUGAUGAUGCAUCGAAGUUCUUAAAUGACAAGGUUACCAAAGCAGUAGUUACAGUCCCUGCCUACUUCAAUGAUUCUCAAAGGACAGCAACCAAGGAUGCCGGUCGCAUUGCUGGAUUGGAGGUUCUCCGCAUUAUAAAUGAACCAACUGCUGCAUCAUUGGCCUAUGGUUUCGAGAGGAAAAGCAAUGAAACUAUUCUGGUUUUUGACCUAGGAGGUGGAACUUUUGAUGUCUCAGUCCUUGAGGUUGGUGAUGGUGUGUUUGAAGUGCUUUCUACUUCCGGAGACACUCAUCUUGGUGGUGAUGACUUUGAUAAGAGAGUUGUCGACUGGCUUUCUGCGGAUUUCAAAAGGAAUGAAGGGAUAGAUCUAUUGAAGGACAAACAAGCCCUUCAGCGUUUGACGGAGACUGCAGAGAAAGCCAAAAUGGAACUUUCCUCUUUGACUCAAACUAACAUUAGUUUGCCUUUCAUUACUGCCACUGCAGAUGGCCCUAAACAUAUCGAGACCACACUUACACGAGCUAAGUUUGAGGAACUGUGCUCAGAUUUACUUGACAGGCUAAAAACCCCAGUUCAAAAUUCAUUGAGGGACGCGAAGCUUUCCUUGAGUGAUAUAGAUGAGGUAAUUCUGGUGGGUGGUUCCACUCGUAUUCCAGCAGUUCAGGAGCUUGUUAAGAAGAUGACUGGAAAGGACCCAAAUGUUACUGUGAAUCCCGAUGAAGUGGUAGCCCUUGGAGCUGCUGUUCAGGCUGGUGUUUUGGCGGGAGAUGUUAGCGAUAUUGUCCUUUUGGAUGUAUCACCAUUAUCUUUGGGACUGGAAACACUUGGUGGUGUGAUGACAAAGAUUAUUCCCAGAAAUACCACAUUACCCACUUCAAAAUCAGAAGUAUUUUCAACUGCUGCGGAUGGUCAGACCAGUGUCGAGAUCAAUGUCCUUCAAGGUGAAAGGGAGUUCGUCCGGGACAACAAAUCCUUAGGCAGUUUCCGCCUUGAUGGAAUUCCACCUGCUCCCCGUGGUGUCCCACAGAUUGAGGUCAAGUUUGAUAUUGAUGCGAAUGGAAUCCUCUCAGUUACUGCUAUAGAUAAGGGAACUGGGAAGAAGCAAGAUAUCACGAUUACUGGUGCCAGCACAUUACCUGGUGAUGAGGUGGAGAGAAUGGUCAGUGAAGCUGAAAAAUUUGCAAGUGAAGACAAGGAGAAGAGAGAUGCAAUAGAUACUAAGAAUCAGGCUGACUCAGUAGUUUACCAAACGGAGAAGCAGUUGAAGGAACUUGGUGACAAAGUUCCUCCCCCUGUAAAAGAGAAGGUUGAGGCCAAACUUGGAGAACUGAAGGAUGCCAUCUCUGGAGGAUCAACCCAAGCAAUGAAGGAUGCCAUGACUGCACUAAAUCAGGAAGUCAUGCAGAUUGGCCAAUCACUGUACAACCAACCUGGUGCAGAACCUGCUGCAGGCCCAACCCCUGGUGGUGGUGCUACUUCAGAAUCAUCGGAGAAGCGACCUGAUGGUGGCGAUGUCAUUGAUGCAGAUUUCACAGACAGCAAAUGAGAGAAUGGGUGGUUAGUCUUACCAAAUUUUGUGGACAAACAAAGUAGCUGGACAAGGGCACUUGAGAAAACAAUAGGAGCGGAGAUAGAAAGAUUAUAGUACAAGCAGCAAUGUAUGCCAAAAAUUUCGAUUGCUUGAAGGUAUGCCUAGACUGUCAAGACUUGUGCUUGAAUAAAGUUGGUAGGUCAUAUUUAGUUGUCAACGUGUCUGAUUUUUGAAAGAUAUUCUAGUUUCUGUAUUUCAGAUGAA